CUAUUAGAGCAGAGCUGGUGCGCGCACAGCUCCACUUUUACGCAUCGCUUCUUCGCAUAGGUGUCAGUGCAAAAGUCACUCCUCUUCUUCCUUCACACAACCAUGUUGCUCCCGGAUUCUAUAUAGAAAAAAAACAGCUGCACAAUAAUAUAAAAACAUUUCAAGCGCAACCCAAAGUGACGCAUCCACCAGCGGAGUGUGUUGGAGCGCCGAUCCCAGAAGAGCGUCGGUCAUGGGAGCGCACGGAUGGAGCUCGGCGCGUCUCGGCUUUAUCGUCUGUGGAUAUUUAGCCUUUUACUGUGGGGAACUUGUUCCGCAGGCAGCAGCGGGCUGCAGGGAGCGCGAGAACCCCAAGUGCUGCACAGGCCGGAAUAAUGAAUGUUUUGAGUACACCAAGAGAAAAACUGUUUGUUACUGCGAUGCGUACUGUCAGAAAACCGGAGACUGCUGUGAGGACUAUCAGGGUGUGUGCCAGGGACUUGCCAUUGACUGCGUGGUGGGGCCGUGGGGGCCCUGGUCGUCAUGCACGUCCCCCUGUGGAGUGGGCAGCAAAGAAAGGAGUCGCCAGGUAUCUGUUCCCCCCAGAAACGGAGGCACGCCCUGCCCCGACCUUAGGCAGCGCCGCGGUUGCUAUGGAAACGACGCUGUGUGCAGCCCGGCUAAAGAGGUGGCGAAGAUCCUGCCCGAUUCCUUCAAGAGGAACUUCAAGGACCCGUGGAGACGACCACACAUGCUGAUGAAGGAGGAGAAGGCCAGCUACUGCGUGUACCUGCAGGUGAAACAGGCCAGCGCCGCUUGUAAAGUCAAAGUGUGGAGCGCUCAGCUGGUGAGAGAGAGGCUGGUGUGUGCCGAGUGUCAGAGCGACGCCAUGGCCAAGUCAGACCGGUGUGGAGGCGACGGCCUGGAGAGAAGCAGAACCUUCUGGGCGGCGGCGUCCGUCCCCGGCUGCCACGGCUCCUGGGUGCGGGAGUCGUCGGUGCAGGGCUGCCGCUGCCCUCCCUACUCGGUGCUCUUCGUGUGAGCGGCUCCCUGCUGUGAGCCGGCCGGGCCGGAGCCCUCCACCCCAGGUUACCGGAUGGGUGACUCCAGAUCAGCGACGUCCUGCCACUUUCCCCUUCAGCCCACGCUCUUCACUGCACCCACUCUAUGAAGCACACUGACUUCCUCGCAUUUAACUUUAAAGCCACAUCAUGUACUUUCUCUCCUCCAAAGCAUCUUGGCUCCUUUUACCUCUUGCUAUCUACCUCCAUCAAUGCAAAUAUAUUUGUCAAUGCAUAAUGUAUAAAUAUAUAAAUAUAAUAUUUUGCUUUAUACAUUUUCUACUCUUGAUUGUUUAUGUAUAAUGUAUAUGUUUCUACAUAUUACUUUUUGUAUUCAACACCGAACAGCAGUUGCUGCAAUCAGUUCAAGCCCCUGUCGGAGGCAGAAACUGCUUCCUGCAUGUGUCCAUCGUGAAAUGACUUCAGUCAGUAUAUCUGUGUUUUUAGGUUUUGUCCGUAUUCAGGUUGAAUAUCAGGUGUUGAUUCUCAGGUGCUCGCGUUUGUCUUUGUCGCGCGUUAAACUAGCGUCAGUCACUUGUGGUCUAAAUGGUUUAAGCAUCGGUCAGAAGAGGGAAAAGAGCCACUUAGAGUGUGUGCGUGUGGUUCUCUCUGUCCUCUGUGUGCAUUACAUCCCAUAACACAGUCGUCUCCGAGCUCCUUGACCUGCACCUGUUUUCUGUCUUAAAGUGAAAACCUGUGGAAUCUGACGUGUCUACCAGCCACGUUACUGGUUUGAGAAGUGUGAUCCCAGUAAACUUUCUCUCCCGUCUGUGUCUCUCUUUGUUUUUAUUUAUUGAUGAUUUUAUUAGUGCAGCGCUGCAAACCCUGUACACUGUCCAUUAGUCAAAAUAAACACAAACACUGCCAUUCCUC